UCCUGCAGGGAUCCACUCGCACAGGGGUGUAUGUGUAUCUGUGUGUGUGUGUGGGUGGGUGUGAGUUAUUUACAUUGUGGUGUUGGAGCUGGCUGCUCACACGUGCCGCUGCCUGUUGUCUUUGUCCUGCUCCACAGCUUCACUUGCUGCCAUGAGCACUGCCUACAGGGAGAGGAGCUGACUGACUGACGCCUUUUCCUUUUUCCUCAACCAUAGCUCCCUUGCAGCCUUCUUCCUCUUCGUCAUCAUUAUCAUCAUCAUCUAUCCAUUGCACCGCAGGAGGAGUCUCAGCCUGUUUAGUGCGUUUUUCCCGAGAUACAUUGACCGGAUUACCUUAGGCGAUAUACCCAGCGACGUCUGUCCACCUGGAGAAAGCCGGGGAUGAAGCAUCUUUUCAGGGCUUCCAUUUGGACUCCGGCCGGGCUGCUUUGUUUUGGAUGUGUUGGAUGACGCGCAGAGGGAUCCUCGUUGUCUUUAUGUUGCACCCUCAUUCGGAAAACCCCCAUCCCAUCCGGAGAUCCAUGCCCCGGUUACUGUGCUGUUAUCAUCAUGUCCCCAGCAUCGGCUGCCACCGCCAGUGAAAGCAGCACCACCACCGUGCCCGAGGAAGAGGAGCCGGAGAGCCCCAGAGAGGAGCAGCGACCUCAGAAACAAUCCCUCUCCAAAUCCUUGUGUCAGGAGACUCAUUGGAAAUGUCUGCUGUUGUCCCUGCUGAUGUAUGGCUGCGUCGGGGUUAUGGCCUGGUGCCAGGUGACCAAGGUCACUCGCCUCUCCUUCGACAGUGCUUACAAGGGAAAGUCUAUGAUGUACCAUGACAGCCCUUGCUCCAAUGGCUACAUCUACAUCCCCUUGGCCUUCCUGGUCAUGCUCUUUGUGGUCUACCUGGUGGAGUGUUGGCACUGCUACACAAGGAAUGAGCUGCAGUACAAGGUAGAUGUGGAAAGUGUAGCAGAGCGGAUCCAAAGGAUGCAGCAGGCUACACCCUGCAUCUGGUGGAAGGCCAUCAGCUACCAUUAUGUCAGGAGGACGCGGCAGGUGACACGCUAUCGUAACGGAGACGCUUACACCACCACACAGGUGUACCAUGAGCGAGUCAACACCCAUGUGGCGGAGGCCGAGUUUGACUAUGGGAACUGUGGAGUCAAAGACAUCUCAAAGAACCUGCUGGCUAUGGAGAGCUUCCCCAUCACCAGGCUAAGGUUCAAUAAGUGCUUUAGCUUUGCCAACGUGGAGUCAGAGAACUCCUACCUGACCCAGCGAGCUCGCUUCUUCACAGAGAAUGAGGGCUUGGAUGACUACAUGGAGGCCCGAGAGGGGAUGCACUUGAAGAAUGUAGACUUUAAGGAGUACAUGAUUGCCUUUUCUGACCCUGAUCACCUCCCCUGGUAUGCACUGAACUCCACUUUCUGGACCGUUGCAGCUUUCACCCUAUCCUGGCCUCUGCGGGUACUGGCGGAGUAUCGCACAGCCUGUGUACACUAUCAUGUAGAGAAGUUGUUUGGCUUUGAUUUUGUGCCAGCAACACCUUCUGAGGAGCGGCCGUAUUGCAGACACAUCCCUCGAGUCAACACAAUUGACAGCACAGAGUUGGAGUGGCACAUCCGCUCAAACCAGCAGCUGGUGCCCAGCUACUCUGAGGCAGUGCUCAUGGACCUGGCCCAGCUCUCUGGGAGCUGCAACAACUACUCUGUAUGUGGAGGCUACGGCAGCUACAGGCAGAACUGUGAGCGUUGCCACCGAGCCAUCAGCAGCUCCUCCAUCUUCUCUCGGAGUGCCCUGAGCAUCUGCAACACGGGGAGCCCUCGCAUCCCCUUCAGCGCAAGCCGCUUCUCGCUGGGUCGGCUGUAUGGCUCCAGGCGGAGCUGCCUGUGGAGGAGCGGCGGGAGUUUGAAUGAGCAGUCCUGCCCCACAGAGAGCACCCACUGCCUGUCAGGAAAUCAGAACAGUGAGGAGAAUCCUCCAGCCUACCAGGAUGCUCUGUACUUCCCUGUUCUUAUUGUACAUCGCAACGAAGGCUGUCUCAACCAUGACCACCGUUCCCUGCACAGAAACGGCUCCUGUGUGGAGACGUCUCUAUGACCCACAGCUGCCAGACUGCUCUGAGCAAUGAAUGCAAUGUUACAAGGUUGGUAGGGCUUACAGUGACUUCUGCUUCUUCCUUGGGCACGAGGUUAACUCAGACAACAACCACAAGCAAGUAUUUGUUCAAGUUACAAAACAUUCUGUAGCCUCAAACCAACAGGAAGUAACGUAAAUCUGGGAAAGUCCUUACAGUACAGUCAGGAAAAAAAGAUGAUGCUACAGACAAACUUAUUGUUCACAAUCAAAUGCAACCUCCGAAGGACAAAAAUGCCAAAAAAUAAUGUACUGUCUUGCAGCAUUUACAAGGACAUGGAUAAAAUCACCAAGAGGAUCACAUCCUACUGUAAAUGCCAUAUUUGUAGAUCUUAGUCACAAACCAUUUACAAGGAUGUGAGUAACACUUAAUAGUGUUUGAAGCCUGAUAUGAGCUUUGACUCAGCGGUAGCCUAAAAGAAGAGUGACUCAUGGAAAUGACUGGCGACAGCCUCCUUUUCAUAGCGUUAUUAAUAAGGUUAAACGGUUUUAUCCGGUCUCAUGGUUCUCAUAAAGCAAAGUAGACUUCCCAAACUAAAAUCUAAAACAUCUGCAUGGGGAAAGUUUUUGAUAGCAACUAAUUUCAAUCUAUUCAUUCAAAGUCAAAGCUCCUGGAAUUCACACAAAGAGGAAUUCAUUUCCAUGGUAUGAAAAGAAAUGUCUGCUGCAGAUGCUGAAAUAUCAAGUUAACAGAAAUCAGCUUGGUUGCGGUGACAUUAUACUUCCUGGCUUACUAAAUAUAGCAACACAGUCAAUGAAUAAUUUAGUACCUGGUGGGCUAAAGGACACGAGAACUUCAAACUGAAUCAACAACACUUCUUCAGUCUGUUUCUUAAUUACUAUAUACCCUUAAUGCUGUGAAACAGGCUAUUAAAAAACGUCACAAUAAUUUGCAAAUUCAGCUAGUUUAAAUCUCAAAGAUCCAUUUAAUUUCAUAUUUGGCAAUAUCUCUAUUCAGCCUACCUCCUUAUUUAAGUGCCUAGCAUUCAACUGUUACUGACAAGCAUAAGCUACUUAUAACUAAAGUCAUCCCAACCCCUAUUUUCCCUUUAUAACAAUCUUAGUAAACAGACUAAACACAUGGUUUACAUAGAAGCAUGAUGCUACAUUACCUGUUCUCAUUACUGUUAAAAACAGACAUGUUGAAAUAUGACCCCUUACUGUUCUCCCUCAUAUUAUAACAUUGCUCAUAAGUGUAGCCGACUGAAGCUGCUGCUGAUGCAUAUCAGAGAGACAGCUAGAGCUCGCCAUCCACGAUGCUACAAAUAGGCAGAGGCCUGGAAUAACUACUGAUAGUGUCACAUUAAAUAAUAUGUCAGGGUUACUUUAAAGAACUAAAAAAAAAAAAGUACUUCCUCUCAAAUGAGUGCAUGCAGUAUCUUAGUCGUGAUGAAUUUUAUAGCACUGCUGAGCCAUGCAGAACAAGAGAUGAAAAUCAGGCAUGCUCAAACUUUCAGAUUGUCACAAUUUAAGCUAAUUUAAAUCAUUUACAUCACAUCUUGCCUCUACAUCAUGUGCGUGUUUUAUUCUUUCUGAACGAUCUCCAAAUCUCAAAGGGGAAGAAGAGGCACUGAUUCAAUUUAAGAAGAUUUAAUUAUGCACAAAUUAUUCUUCAUCAAAUGAGAACUGCAGGAAAAAAAUCAACUGGCACAGAUUGUUUUUUCAUCAUUAAAGCCCAUGAAAACCACUCAAAUGUGUAAGAGUAGUACAAUGUCAGGUAUUUUGUGUUACUUCCCUUUACAACUUGUCUUCACAAUAAUGAGCCUGUACAGUAAAAUGGGACCAGUUAGCCAUACUCAUUACAUUCCAUAUGUGGUGUUAAGUUGGAGUAAUCAGUAUAGCAAUACAGAAAAUUGUCAAAGAGAGCGGCACAAGAUAUAAACGCAGAUUCUGUCAAACCUCAAAUUUCAUUUGAACUGUUUUCACAACACAUAGCUCAUCUAUGCAAGCCCCUCAGAACUCAGGAUGGUAUUCAGGAAAGAUUCUACUUUGCAAUAACAUCCACAAAAAUCUGGGUCAUGAUGAAGACAUUUUAUUUAAUUUUUUUAUGCCUCAACUGUUUAACAUUAAUGCUUGCCUCGUGCACAUGUCUGAUUCUUUUUUAAAUUAAAAAAAAGGCUGUCAAACCAAACUCAGAGGCCAUCAUGACAAUGAGCCCAUUAGUCCCACAGAUAACAAAGAAAACAGCACAGGUAGAAAUAUGCUCUACCUUACACCUCCUAAUGGUGAUUAAUGACCAAUCUGUACUUCAAGAAUAGUUUGUGCUAUACUAACUAUUUCAAUGUAGUGAUUUUUUAAAAGCUUACAAACAUAUAUUUUUUAGAUCUGUCUUGAAAUAGUUUAACCCUCCUGUUAUGUUAGUUUCUCAGGAACAGCAAUAAUGUUCCUGGGUCAACUUGACCCGGGGUAUAUUUAAUGAUCCAAAAGUGUCCAAACCUCAAAAAAUCCCACUAAACAUUUUUUAAUCUCAUUAUUAACUCCAUUACUAACCAUUUAAAUCAAGAUUUAGUGCAAUGGUUUUCUUUAAUUCUCACAGAUCGUGGUUCAAUGAGGAUAACUCACUCGUUUUCAUAAAAAAUCAUGUACAAACUUUUUAAAUGUACAUUGGAAAGACCUAAAUAUAAAUAAGAUAGUUUUACAUGACAUAGAUUUUUGUUUUUUUUAUUUUGCAUUUUUAAUUAUAGUUUUUUUUAUGAAGUGAUGUUGAUAAAUUAACAGGAUACACCUCUUCUGUCACAUGCUGCCCAGGUUUUUAUGCUGUAUUUAGCUGGUUUGGAAGGUAUAUAUUGCCUUCAAUGGGAGGAACCUCUGAAUGCCACUAGCCUCUCAUCCACUGUGACACGAGGGCCUGGGUUAUAGAGUAGUGGAAGUUGCUCCACCCACUUGAACCCUCACUGUCCCAAUGGCUGCCAGCUUGUCUCUAUUCAAUCCCAGCUCCCGCAGUCAAAUGGUAAAGUGUCUUUGGGCAAGGCAUUUUCAUUUUAUAUGUUAUUUCCGCUAAUUAAGCCAAGCAGAAGAAGUUUCAUAGCGAAAAUUUACUUUUAAUAUUUUUUUUCGGAUUUUUGAACUUUAAAAUGUGUCAAUUUGACCCGCAACAUAACAGGAGGGUUAAUUAUUUGUAAUAACAUUAUUGAAAUACACUUAUCUGCCUUCUUGCCAAGAGUGAAAUCAGGAGUUCUUUGUUACUGCUUUGUGUACAGUUAAUUGGAAGUUACUGAAAACUGGGGUUUAGUUUAGCUCAGCCAAAAAGCUGGAGGCUAACCCUACUUUGACUCUCACUAUUUUACCCCUUUGAUUUAAUCUUUACAAAAACUGAAGUGUAAGACAUCAAGUUGUGACUGUAAUGCUGGCAUGUGAAACAUUAUAAUUCACUGGUUUGCCAGCAGUAUAAGCUACAGCAAGCUAACAGUGAGUAUUAAUUAAAUAAACACAAACUUGGUAUCCAGCUUCACAUCUGUCUCUUCGCAAGAACUUACAGGUGUAUUUCACAUAAUGUCAAAAUAUCCCUUUAAUGGUUUACUGACGGUGCACCAGAAAACCUGUCUGUGAAACACGAAGCAGCUCUUUUGUUUUUGAUUAGACACUAAAUAAAAUGUUGGUGAAUUUAUUUUUUAUUCCAACAUUUUCUUUUACAUAUUUUUUUCUGAUCCUGAGUCAUGAAAGGCUGGAUUAUUUCCCAGAAUGCAAUGGUCUGGGGGAAAUCGCAUCCUUUGGGUCAUCUUUGGGGUAAACUGCAACGCCGUUAAGAGGAACAUUCAAACCAGGGCAUAAAAUAUACUAAAUAUACUAUUAAAUUUACCAAAAUAGCUAAAUAUUUUCUGAUUUCGCUCACUUUUUUACAUGAAGUCAUCACAACUUCUCAUCCAUUGUUUGCCAACAAGCCUCUGAGAUGGCUUCACUGUGAUAUUCAUAUAUAGUCAUAUGUAAGAAUAGAAAAUGUGUUUACCAGUUCAAUGUUUACGUAGCAGCAGUGGCAAAUAAAGGUACAAAUUUGGGGGUGAUCCAAAAAGUUAUAAAUCUGACUGGGAAGGGUCUUAAUUAGACAUUUUCCCUCCAUAGAUGACUGUUAGCAUAGAGGCUUUUUGUCAUGCAAAGCACUGAACCCUUUAUCAUGUGUAUGAGGUAGAUUAGUUUGUUAUAUUAUUCUCUCUUUUACCCAAGAAUACUCUGGGGUUUGUCUUUUUGUAUUUUAAUGAUGAAGAGGAUUUCAAGACUGUAGGGCAGAAAGGAUUCGUACUGUAAAUAAAAAAGAGACGAGAUGUUAGGAUGGCUGUGGAUGUGGGUCUUGUGCUCUACUGAAUGUGUCAGAAACACAGGGGUAACUGAAGCAGGGACUCUUUUGAUGUGAAGAUGUUAAGUGGUGGGUGUGAAAGUUGGAAACGGCAAUACAAUCUGUUUUAAGCCAGCAGCAUUUUUUUGCUGCUUUUUUAUUUAUUGAAUGACUCUUGCUUCUCUUUAAAGCCAUUUUUACAUUUUCAAAAUAAUAUUUGAUACACUCUUUAUGACACCGAAACUGUUGGUAAAAUGAUGUGACUGCUUUAGGAUGAGGGGCACUCCUGUAUUCACAUCUUGUAAGGGGAUUAUUGAUCAUUAUUUAAGAGCCUCUGUGUUUAUCAAAGGCAGAUUGCUCUGUGUUUCACCAUCUACACACAAAACUGCUUUGCCGAUCUACAUACGGCCAAUAAAAAUGGCGAUUUUGCAAGCUAAAAUUUUUGAAAAUGUGAUAUUGAUUACACAAAAAUAUUUCUUACUCUUAGCAAAAGGUAUUACUACAUUGUACAACUAUAGCUUGAGCGACUGUGUAGAGGUUAAAAAAAGAACAAGUCUGUAUGUACUCCAACACCACCACAAAGUUGCCUUGAUGUAACAGAAUGACUGAAUACCAAAUAUGUGUAUCAAAAUGGAAAAGGCUCCUCAAUAAACUGAAAUGCUCACU